ACGAUUUCUAGCGGCUGAACGCCAAAGACUUUUUUCUACUCCGUUUCCCACAAUUCAUUACGUUUCCAAGAUGGACAACCCUGCAGUUGAAAUUUGUGGAGUUAACGGAGCUUAUUACAAGGGAUUCCUUCGAGAUCUCCAUGAUGAUGGAGUAACUGUUGCAUUUGAAAACGAUUGGACUCCACCCCGUCGAGUACCCUUUGCAAAUGUGCGUAUUCCCCCUGAAAGAAAUGAUGACUUUGGAGACCUCCAUACCAAUGAUGAAGUUGAGGUUUACUCACGAUCUUGCGAAGGUGAACCAUGUGGAUGGUGGAGUGCCAAGGUGCAAGAUGCUAAGGGAGAGUUUUAUGUUAUUGAGUAUGUUGGAUGGGACAAUACUUACAAUGAAAUUGUGCAGAAAGAUCGGUUGAGACCCAAGAAUAAAAAUCCACCCAUCUCCAGCAACACAUUCAAUAAAGCAACUAUAAGUGUACCACAAGACCUGCGUUCAUACUCUGAAAAUGAUCAACAUCAUCGAGAGUUAGUCAAGUCAUCUGGAGUGAUGUCUGUACAUUACGAUGAUAAAACAGAAUCUCUUGUCGUCAUUGGUUAUUCAAUCCAGUCAGUUAGGAAAGCAGAGCUUCUAAGUGAGAUGCAUUUCCGUAGUCUACGUACAAAGAUAAUGUUAAUGCAACGUACCGAGGAAGCUGCCCAACAACUUGAGGUCACUAAGCAACAAACAGAAAGUUGUAUGGAAGAGUUUGUUGUUUCCGAGGACUUGAUGGGACUCGCAAUUGGAGCUCACGGAGUCAACAUCACCGAAGCACGCAACAUGUCGGGCGUUAAGAGAAUAGACCUUGAUGAACAUACCUGUACCUUUAGAAUAUUUGGUGAUACUGAAGAUGCAGUUCAAGCUGCAAGGGCAAAAUUAGAAUUUAUUCAAGAUAAAUUUGAAGUGCCAAGAGAGCUAAUAGGUAAAGUAAUUGGAAGAAAUGGACGAGUUAUACAAGAAAUUGUUGACAAGUCUGGUGUAGUACGCAUUAAAAUAGAAGGAGACAAUGAACGCGGAAGUACUGACAACUGUACUACGGUACCCUUCCUGUUCGUUGGUACUAAAGAAAAUAUUGGUAAUGCCAAAGUCCUACUAGAAUACCACGUUGGACAUCUUAAGGAAGUAGAACAACUUAGAUUGGAAAAGCUUCAGAUUGAUGAACAACUAAGAAGUCUUGGUGCAGGAUACAUUGCCGGACCGUACUUCCCACCCCCUAGAGAAAGGAAAGGAGACAGGGGUUAUGGCUCCGACUUUUCGGAGGAGAGCACAUCCAGCAGAGGUGGCGGAGGUAGAGGUGGUCGUAGAGGGCGUGUUUCCCGAGGAGGUAGAUUCAAUAACGAUAGAUACGAUUCAGCAUACAGUGGAUCAGAAAAAGAUACUGGAAUUUCUCAAUCUGGCGAUUGGGCCGAUCAAGUAAACCAUAGUGACUCAUCCUCAUAUAGCGGAAGAGGUGGUGGUGGUGGAAUGGCAAGGGGACGAGGCAGAGGACGAGGUAGAGGAAGGGGCUCUUACAGGCGGUACCCCUUUCAAGACAGUGGAAGAUAUACUGCAGGUGGUGGUAGUGAGCGAGUACUGCCCUCAGAGACUGAGGAUGAUGGCAAUACCUAUAACGAGAAUCGACGCCAAUAUGCUGAUGAAGACACGAUCUUAGAAGACCGAACGGCUGACGAGGAUGCAAGAAAUACUGAUGAUAAUUCAGGAAGAGGAAGGCGAAAAAGGAGGCCGAGGAAGAAUAAUAACAGGAAUCGUAACUCAAAUACUAUGCAAGACUUGAAGGAAGAAAACAAUGGAGUGCCUCCCUCUAGUGGCCAUGAUGAGGCACCAGCUCCCAAAGAAAUAGAGGAUAAUAAGUCUAAGAACUAUAAUUACCGUGAUCGAAGAGGCGGAGCUCCUUUCAAACGUGAAGACGGCCGUGGUGAUAGCUUUCGUGAUGGAAAAAUAAGACGCGAUGAUCGGUCAAACCGUAAAGACUCAUUUAAGCGUACGGAGAAGCCACCCAUGGAGGGUAAGAGGACCGAAGAGUCGAGUCCAGCAGUAACCGAAAACAACAGCAAGCCGCCAUCUGGUAAAAACAUAUCAAACGGACCUCGGCAGCAGCGGGAUCCACGUCCUCCUAGGCAAGAUAGAAAACCAAAAGAGGAGAAACAAUCAAAUUUAUCAAAGGUUAAUGGUGUGUCAAGUCAAGAAAAUAAACCUGCAGUAAAUAAGGCCAAAGCAAAAGAGACUAGCUCUGAAUCAGCGAGUAACACUCCUAAAUUAGUCAAUGGCACCGUAUAGCAGUAUGCGUUGGUAUAUUUUUGUGGUUAUCACCACGUCUUGUAAGUAGUGUGUAUAAGUAUCCGAUCCAAGUUUUCAUUACAUUGCGAUUUCUUAAUUUCCAAUUUUUUUUGUUUUUUUUUUUUGGUUUGACAUUUUUGUAAGCAGAGAUAGGUUAAUGGACCUUGAGUGCAAUAAAUGCAUCUUCACCUUUCAAAAUGUGUCAGCAACAUCCUUUGCAAUGCCUUUAUUUUCUAUAGUACCUACAGGGUUCUUGAUUUUCUGGAAGCUGAGGAAAGCACACAAUGUUGGGAAACAUUGUGAUGGUCAGUUUAUAAUAAUUUUGUAGUUUUCCUUGAACUAUUUUACUAUAGAUUAUUUCAAAUAUUCUUUAAAAACUUGCAGAUGUUUAUUGGUGAUUACAGUUAAAAUAACAGGUGUUUAAAUGUAAGCAUAUACUCCUGUGAGCAUGUUUAGUAAAAUUUGCAGGUGUUCGAAAUACAAGCAUAUGGUUCUUGUAUAAGCAUACUUAUUAAAAAUCUGAUGUUCAAAAUACUAGCAACUGGUUUUUGUGAGCAUGCUCAGUGAUAAUCUAGUGUUCAAAAUACAAGAAUGAUUUUAUGCGAGCGUGCUCCGUGUUACAGAAGAGCUAUCCUCAUUAUUAUUGUUAAAGAAAUACAUAUAUUAUAAUAAUUAAAAUUUGCAGGUGUUCAAAAUAUAUGGUUGGGUUAAUUUGAGCAUGCUAAGUAAAUUCUAAAGGUGUUCAAAAUACAAGAAUCAGUUCAUGUGAGCAUGGCCUAUACAAAAAUCUACACAUUUAAAUUGCUGUUAAGCAUAUGUUUGAAGUGUUUAGCAAUAUGUAUUAACAACACAUUUUAAUAUAUAAAGUACUUGGAGAAAAAUAUUAUCUCCCCUGUUCCAAGUUGGUCUGUUGUACCAUCUGAGCUGCCACUGGAUUUUCCUGUAAAACGUUUUUUUUUCUCAAAAUUUAUUUCAAGGUCAUAAAAUGUUUAAAGCCCUCAACUGUAACCAUCAAAAUUUUGCAUUCAUUGUAGUGAGGCUUUCUCAACAAGAAGCACAAAACCUACAAAAUAAUAAUGUAAAUACUAAAAAAUAGAUUCUUUUUCUAGAUAUGAAUUCAACAAUUGUUGUUGACUAUAAUUCUAUUAGUAUCAGUGACAGAUUUCACAUUGCUUCAUACACGUGUACCUAACUUGAACGUCACAAAAAUCAGCCCAACACAUUUAGUAAUAUAGUGCUUUGCAAAAUUUUAUGUCCGUCAAUUAGUAGGUCUAGUCAUUCUAAAUGCAAGAACAUUAUAUCUAAAUUUUUUUAAUUUCUCUUUGUUGCCAAGAAGAUAAUUUUUACUGUUUUGUUCACUCAGCUUCCGGUUUUUUGAUCCAUUUUUGAAAUAUUUGUAAACAGAACUGUACAAAAAAAAAAUAAGUGUUAGGUCAAAUUUUUGAUACAUUGUGAAAGAUGAUGAAACUAGUGUAAUAAUUGCAUCUUAAUAUAAACAAAAUAUUCUUAAAAUUACUGAUUUUCAUUGGAAAACAACUUUGUUUAUAGUAAUUCUAAACCAAAUUGAACAUAAAAACUCAUCAAUUUUUCAUAAUUGUCUUUGUUUAUCCAUCCAGUGUUGAAAUGAUUGUUGCCUUUAGUUUUUCACGAAUGAAUGUGUUAACAUAUCAGUCUGUAAUUGUAGUUUAGGAGUAUCUGGAAUCCACCUUGCUGAAUAGCGCCCUCAUCGCUAUAUAACAUGUAAAUUCAGAUAGGAAUCAAAAUGAACCGAAGCUUACAUUUAAAUAUUUUGAAGAAGUUAAUGGUGUUUUUUACUAUAUGGUACAUUUGUGAACAUGACAGAGUUUGGUUUUAAGUUUAAAAAUUCAGGUUACAUAAAUUAUGUUUAUGCAACUUCACCAAAAAUAAUAUGUAGCUUAUAAAGAAGUUUCCUCUGAAAUAUGCAUGUGUGAUACUAGUACUGUAAUAAAAUUUAAACUGUAUUCAUCGUCACUAACACUGAUGGUAAAAAUUGUAUUUAAAGUCUCAAAGGAAAGAGUAAGUAAAGCUCUCAACACAUUUAUCUUUAUGUGAAAAAAAUCUCUAAUUUGCCCAUAUAUGGGCAUGAUGAUGUCAUAUACCCAUAUAUGGGCAAAUAUCUGUAGUCUGCUCAUGUGAUGAUGUCAUAUAUUCAUAUAUGGGCAAACAUGAGAUAUUUGCACAUAUGGGCAGAUCAUAGGACAGAGCUAUAGCCACAUUUACAACUUGCUUAUUAAUGGUUGAGAAUAAAAAAAAUGUUGAACUCACUGUAUUGCAGUCCCACUUUCAUUAUUAUAUUGUGCCCAAAAUAUACAAGAACGGAUCUGAAAAAAAUAUAACUAAAUAGAAAGAAGAAAUAAGUGAGUAGAUUCACUAAAAAAAAAGAAGGAAAAGUGCUCACUGAUAAAAUAAUCGGUUUUGCUUCUGCUCAACCGAUUGUUGGCUAUAAAUAUUUGAUUAACAUUAUGUUAAUUUUUGCAGUUGAUUGAUGUUAAUUGAACCUCCAGCCUCCUACUUAUAUAGAUUUUAAGAUAAAUUUGGUAGACAGUCCCUUGUGUUUACAAUGUGCAACCCCUGAGGGUGCUGGUCUUAUGUACAAAAUAUUUUGGGAUGUUUACAAAAAAUGCAAUGUGUACUUAACAGUGGAUAAUAUACCAGAAGUGAAUUGAUAACCACAUUCUAGAUACAUGACUAGAGUACAAAAGUAUCCAGCGUCGUUUAUACGUCAACACUGUACAUACGUAAUCUCUUCGCUGGUAAAAAUACCAUUAUAUAUUGAUAUUCAGCAGCUAGUCUGGGUACUGUGUACAUAUACUGAUAUUCAGGAUCAAGGUACUGUGAGUAUCCAGUUUCUAGGCUCAACCAUGUACUGUAUCUAAGUAUUUUACUGUUUCUAGGUAAUCCAAAAGCACAGGUACUGUGCAGUCGGUAGGAUCAUGGAGGAUAUAUAUUUCCUCCAUGGUAGGAUCUAGGAACUGUGUACUGUCUAACAGUAUGUAGGCACAGUGUACUGGUGUGGAUCUUGGUACCGGUUCUGUCUUAUAGUAUCUAGACACUGUUUACCAGUGUAUAGUACCCAGGAUAUAAACACUAUCUACAUACUAUACUACUGUAUAAUUAAAUACAUACAGUACUAUAAUGUAUAGUGUCUGUAUUGUUGCCACUGAUAAUGAUAAUUUAUGUAGGCACUGUUUACCAUUGAAUAGUACCCAUGAUCUACACACAGGUAAUUUGAUACUGUCUAUCAUAUGUAGGCACUAUGUACCAGUGUGUAGUACACAGGAUCACAAGUACUGUGUACUGUAUAAUACUUUCAUAGCAAUCGUGUAGUUGUGUACACAGUACGUACAGUAGAUACUAUGAAGUCUUGACAUUGGCAAUGAUAUAUUGUAUAAAAGAACUGGCACUGACAAUUACAAAACAACCUGUCUGCUAUGACAACUUUCAGCUGAAAUUAAUAAAAUUAUGAUAAAA